AUGUCGAAUGCGAGUGCGACACCUGAUCAACGAUACACGCGACUGGAAAAGCUGGGCGAAGGCACCUAUGCAACAGUGUUCAAGGGCAAGAGCCGGUUGAGCGGUGAAUUGGUCGCUCUCAAGGAGAUCCAUUUGGAUGCUGAAGAAGGUGCUCCAUCCACUGCCAUUCGCGAGAUUUCCCUCAUGAAGGAACUGAAGCAUCCCAACAUUGUUCGCCUCCUUGAUGUCAUUCAUACCGAGAGCAAGCUCAUUUUGGUAUUUGAGUAUAUGGAGCAGGAUUUGAAAAAGUAUAUGGAUAUGGCAGCACGCACGGGUGGUGGUCAUCAUCAUGCAGGAGGCUCGGCAUUGGAAACGACGAUUAUCAAGACAUUCAUGUAUCACUUGCUCAAGGGUAUCGCUUAUUGCCACGAGAAUCGAGUCUUACAUCGUGAUCUCAAGCCCCAAAACUUGCUUAUCAACAAACGUCUUGAACUCAAGCUUGGCGAUUUUGGUCUAGCACGUGCAUUUGGCAUUCCUGUAAACACGUUCUCGAAUGAGGUGGUCACGUUGUGGUAUCGAGCACCCGAUGUCCUCUUGGGUUCACGCAUGUAUUCGACAUCCAUUGAUAUCUGGUCGGCAGGAUGUAUCAUGGCGGAAAUGUAUACCGGUCGACCACUGUUUCCAGGCACCACCAAUGAAGAUCAAUUGCAAAAGAUAUUUCGAAUGAUGGGAACACCAACAGAACAAACUUGGCCAGGCGUAUCACAAUUACCAGAAUACAACAACAGCAAAAACAAUCAUCAAAUCAUCUAUCCUCCUCAGCGCAUCAAUACCAUCUUGCCUAAUGUCGACGCUUGUGGCCUUGAUCUUCUCUCACGCAUGCUUCAAUAUCAACCACAACUUCGGAUAUCAGCAAAGGAAGCUCUCAAUCAUCCUUAUUUCAAUGAAGUUAGAUACUUGCAACAACAACAACAACCACAGCAACAGCAACAGCCAUUCGAAUAG